UACCAACGCACAUAUUAAAACCAUGUCUGCUGCUGAAUCCAAGUACUCCACUGAGGUUCUUUCUCAGUUGUUGAGCAAGUUGCAGGUCGCCGAUGACAAGGAAGAAGCCGCUUCUAACGUUGCUUCUUUCUUGAACUCGUCUAUCGUUGAACAUGAUGUUCCAGCUGAAUUUUUCGCUGACUUGAAGACUCAAAUCAACAACAAGAAGGACACUGAAGUCGCUAUUGCUGCUUUGAUUGCUUACACUCACAUUGCUUCUGCUAACGACUUGUCUCCAUCUGUUGAACCAUUCAUUGUUGACUUGGUCCAAGAUGUCUCUGUCAAGGCUGGUGACAAGAACAAGGAAGUUCAAGCUGCUGCUGCCGCUGCUCUUUUGGCCAUUGCCACUGCCAUCACCCCAACCUCUGUCAAGGUUAUCUUGCCAAAGUUGUUGGAAAACCUUUCCACCUCUAACAAGUGGACCGAAAAGGUUGCCAUUUUGGCUGCUAUCUCCCAAUUGGUUGACACCGCUAAGGGUCCAAUUGCCUUGAGAAUGCCUGAAUUGAUCCCAGUUCUUUCCGAAGCUAUGUGGGACACCAAGAAGGAAGUCAAGGAAGCCGCCACCAAGACCAUGACUAAGUCUACUGAAACCAUUGACAACAAGGAUAUCGAAAAGUUUAUUCCAAAGUUGAUUGAAUGUAUUGCUAAGCCAACUGAAGUUCCAGAAACCGUCCACAUCUUGGGUGCCACCACCUUCGUUUCCGAAGUUACCAUGGCAACUUUGUCCAUUAUGGCUCCAUUGUUGUCCAGAGGUCUUGCUGAACGUGAAACUUCCAUCAAGCGUAAGGCUGCUGUUAUUGUUGACAACAUGUGUAAGUUGGUCGAUGACCCACAAGUUGUUGCUCCUUUCAUGGACAAGUUGUUGCCAGCUUUGAAGGGUAACGUUGCCACUAUUGCUGACCCAGAAGCUAGAGAAGUUACCUUGAGAGCUCUUACCACCUUGAAGAGAGUUGGUGCUGUUGGUGAUGAUGAUGUUAUUCCAGAAGUUUCCACUGCUGGUGACAUUCCAGUUACCCUUAACGAAUUCACCCAAUUGUUGGAAGGUAAGCAAAUUGCCAAGAGAUUCGACGUUGCUUUGACCUACAUUGCCGGUAUUGCUGGUGAUUUGAUUGAUGAACGUUUGAUUCACCCAGAUGUCUGGAUCAAGAACGUUUUGCCAUUCGCUACCAUUUUCUUGCACGAAAAGGAAGCUAAGGAAAUCAUUGAAGAAUUCAGAAAGAGAGCUAUUGACAACAUUCCUGAACCACCUUCUUUCGAAGAUGAAGAAGAUGAAGGUGAAGACUUGUGUAACUGUGAGUUCUCCUUGGCCUACGGUGCUAAGAUCUUGUUGAACAAGACUCAAUUCAGAUUGAAGAGAAACAGAAGAUAUGGUCUUUGUGGCCCUAACGGUGCCGGUAAGUCUACCUUGAUGAGAGCUAUUGCUAACGGUCAAGUCGAAGGUUUCCCAACCCAACAAGAAUGUAAGACCGUCUACGUCGAACACGACAUUGAUGGUACUCACGCUGACACCACUGUCUCCCAAUUCGUCAUUGAAGAUGGUGAAGUUGGUUUGACUAAGGAAGUUGUCGAAGAAAAGUUGAGAGAAUUCGCUUUCACUGAAGAAAUGAUCAACAUGCCAAUUCAAUCCCUUUCUGGUGGUUGGAAGAUGAAGUUGGCCUUGGCCCGUGCCGUCUUGAAGAACGCUGACAUUUUGUUGUUGGAUGAACCAACUAACCAUUUGGAUACCGUUAACGUCGCUUGGUUGGUCAACUACUUGAACACUUGUGGUAUUACUUCCAUUAUUGUUUCCCACGAUUCCGGUUUCUUGGACAAUGUUACCCAAUACAUUAUCCAUUACGAAGGUUUCAAGUUGAGAAAGUACAAGGGUAACUUGUCUGAAUUCGUCAAGAAGUGUCCAUCUGCUCAAUCUUACUACGAAUUAGGAGCCUCCGACUUGGAAUUCAAGUUCCCAGAACCAGGUUUCUUGGAAGGUGUUAAGACCAAGCAAAAGGCUAUUGUCAAGGUUAACAACAUGACUUUCCAAUACCCAGGUACCACCAAGCCUCAAAUUAGAGACAUUAACUUCCAAUGUUCUUUGUCUUCUAGAAUUGCCGUCAUUGGUCCUAACGGUGCCGGUAAGUCCACCUUGAUCAAUGUCUUGACCGGUGAAUUGUUACCAACCACUGGUGACGUUUACGUUCACGAAAACUGUCGUAUUGCUUACAUUAAGCAACAUGCUUUCGCUCACAUUGAUAACCAUUUGGACAGUACUCCAUCUGAAUACAUUCAAUGGAGAUUCCACACUGGUGAAGAUAGAGAAACCAUGGACAGAGCUUCUAGACAAAUCAACGAAAACGAUGAAAACUCUAUGAACAAGAUUUUCAAGGUUGAAGGUACUCCAAGAAGAAUCCAAGGUAUUCACGCCAGAAGAAAGUUCAAGAACUCUUACGAAUACGAAUGUUCUUGGAUGUUGGGUGACAACAUUGGUAUGAAGACUGAAAGAUGGGUCCCAAUGAUGUCUGUUGACAACACUUGGUUGCCAAGAGGUGAAUUGAUGGAAACCCACUCUAAGUUGGUUGCCGAAGUUGACAUGAAGGAAGCUUUGGCUUCUGGUCAAUUCAGACCUUUGACUAGAAAGGAAAUCGAAGAACACUGUGCUAUGUUGGGUUUGGAAGCUGAAUUAGUUUCUCACUCCAGAAUCAGAGGUUUGUCCGGUGGUCAAAAGGUUAAGUUGGUCUUGGCUGCUUGUACUUGGCAAAGACCACAUUUGAUCGUCUUGGAUGAACCAACUAACUAUUUGGAUCGUGACUCCUUGGGAGCUUUGUCCAAGGCUAUCAAGGCCUUCGAAGGUGGUGUUGUUAUCAUUACUCACUCCGCCGAAUUCACCAAGGAUUUGACUGAAGAAGUCUGGGCUGUCUUGGACGGUAAGAUGACUCCAUCUGGUCACAACUGGGUCCAAGGUCAAGGUGCCGGUCCUAGAUUGGAAAAGAAGGAAGACGAAGAAGACAAGUUCGAUGCUAUGGGUAACAAGAUUGCCUCUGCUAAGAAGAAGGUUAAGUUAUCUUCCGCUGAGUUGAGAAAGAAGAAGAAGGAAAGAAUGAAGAAGAAGAAGGAAUUGGGUGAUGCUUACGUCUCUUCUGAUGAAGAGUUCUAAGCCAGCUUAGAAUAUACCGUCAUUCUUCUGAUUUCUCGAAAUCUGAAUUAUAUAUAAUAUGUGUUUUUUCU